AUGGUGCAGAGCUUAGAUCUGCGGGCGUGGAGGGUGUUUGUGGUUGCAUCUCUGGAUGCUCUUGCCAGAGAUCCCGAUGAGGAGUGCAUUACAGUAGUCCAGCCUGGAGACAAAGCCGUGGACGAGCUUCUCUGCAUCUGCCAGGAGGAGGAUUUCCCACAAUCCCCUGAGAGUGGGGCUCCUGAGCAGCAGCUCUGCCAGGAGGUGGAGGUUAAAGUGGAGGAUGAUGAGGACGGCGGGGGGGCAGCAGGAAGCCCGGGCGGCGAGCUGAGGGUGAAGAAGCAGCAUCUCUGCAGCGAGUGUGGGAGGGGCUUCGACCGGCCGAGCCGCCUGAGGAUCCACCAGCGCUCCCACAGCGGGGAGAAGCCUUUCAGCUGCCCGCUCUGCCAAAAGGGCUUCCAGAGUAACAGCGUGCUGUCGGCGCACCUGAAGACGCACGGCGGCGAGCGGCCGUUCAGCUGCGGCGAGUGUGGGAAGAGCUUCCUGCAGCAGGGGGGGCUGCUGGAGCACAAGAAGACGCACAGCGGCGAGCGGCCGUUCUGCUGCAGCACCUGCAGCCACCGCUUCUCCACCAACGGCCACCUGCAGCGCCACUUGCUGACGCACAGCGGAGAGCGGCGCCACCAGUGUGUGGAGUGCGGGAAGUGCUACCAGAGGAAGGAGCACCUGCGCAGCCACAUGCGCAUUCACAGUGGGGAGCGGCCCUUCAGCUGCAGCGUCUGCAGGCGCAGCUUCAGUGAGCCGGGCCGCCUGCGCUUGCACCUGCAGACGCACACAGGGGAGAACAGACGCCAUACUUGCACGGUCUGCGGCCUGCGGCUGGUGUCGGCCAAUCACCUGCAGAGACACAUGCAGACGCACGGCGGCAAGCGGCUGCACCGCUGCAGCGUCUGCAGGAAGAGCUUCAGCAGGAAGGACAAGCUGCAGGAGCACCUGCGCAUUCACACCGGGGAGAAGCCGUACCGCUGCACACAGUGUGAGAGCCACUUCAGGUGGAGGCCGGCACUCAACGCUCACACACUCACACACACUCAGUGAAACACUCACACACACACACUGACACACACACACACUCACUCACUCACACACACUCACACUGACACUGAUACACACACACUAGUGAUGCGCGGGCUGGCCCAAAACCCGUGGGCCGGGUUGUUUUUUCCGUGGAAAAUGCGGGUAGCGGGCGGGUCGGGUAAGAAAAUAGCCCUACAUCAUAGUGGGAAGGUGGCCUAAUAUUAUAGGCUCGCAAAUGAGAUAUGUAGCCUACCAUGUUACGGUAUUGUGUGAGUUUCUUUUCUUUUCGUCUUCAAAUUGCGGAGAAAAUGCGAGUGUUCCAUAGCCAAUCAUUUGACAGUUUUGUUUAUGCUACAUUAUGGUUGAUGUUCUCUGGCUUUAUAAUGCGACCGCCUGUUGUGUGUGCGUGCGUGCACUGCUGUGUGUUAAGAAUAAAACUAUGUUGUUUGGAACAUUUUGCCGUUCCAUGAUUGAGAUUCCGUGAAUGCCUAAAGUAAUGCAUCAUAUAAAAGUUUGGGACAAUCAAACAGCAGUACAAGGUGAGCAAAACCCCUCGUUAAUAGGCCUACCGUUUGGCAAAUCACGACGUAAACUCACUGGUAUCUUUUUUUUUUUUUACUCCCGUUUUCGCGGGUUGGGUCGGGUUGGGUUAAAAAAUCAGAGCGUAAUUUUGCGGGUCGGGCGGUGCGGAUUGGCUGUCACGAUGGGUUGGGUUGGUGCGGGGGUUAAAAAUCCUUAACCCGCGCAUCACUAACACACACACACACACACACACACACACACACAUUCAAACAAAACAAACAACAAAAAAUGAAACCAGCAUUAAAUGUAAAUGAAGAUGUUUUAUGAAGGUGACUCGAUGUGUUGAAAUAAACUCAAUCUUUAAUAAGUUAAAGCGGUUUGAUUUCUGCAGAUUUACACAGAUGAUGAUGAUGAUGAUGAUGAUGAUGAUGAUGAAGAUAAAGAUGUUGAAGAUGUUCAGGUUGUCUUCCUCUCUGUUUGAUAAAAGCCUGUUUCUGCAA